AUGACGUAUGUACAGCAACGGCCUGCCCGGCAGCCUCCGGCAGCCAAUCAAAUUCCAGAUUUGCAAACUCUCCGCGCGCAUCUGGCACGCGGGCUCAUGCGGGCCAAAGGGUCUGGGCACCCGGCCUCUACCGGCCUCCAUUUCCACCAGAUCCCACCGCGGGCCUAUCUAGCAAUUUCCCUUCUCCCGCCAUCAACUCAACCACCGCGAAACCACACCAGCAAUCAACCACCGCGGCGAUCUUUGUUCACAAUAGGCACAAAAGGGUACCACCACCGCCCUUGUUUGCAACAGUCCAUCGGCCCGAUCAUGUAUCACCACAAAAGUCGGCAGGUCCAACCCCUUUCGAAAGUCAUGUUCACCGACCAUUUUGCCGGUUGGCCUCGAACCCCUCGUCCACCCCCUCUCAGGUCGUCCAUCCGCUCGUCCUUAUCAUCUUCCGCGCUCCAGAUUUUCCCCCUCUUUUCCGAACGUCUGAAGGCAUUUGCAAUCCAGUUCGAUCCAACUGAACGCCGCGGACUUUUAUUUCAACGCUAUGUUCACCUUGCCCGCACGGAGUCUCCCCAGUCUGUGGAGCGUUGGACAGGACAGGAUUCGUUAGAUGCGCCAAUGCCAGCCGCGAACCAACUUACGGUGCAUCAGAUCAAGAUCUUCUUGGCUCUCCGCUCCGUGGAUUAUCCUGUGCAGGCCAAACGUGGCCACUUAGUUAAGCUGUACAUUGACGAAGAUCUCGCCCCGGGUCGCCCAGUCCAAAACAACACCGUACCCGUCGUGAUACCGACUGCUAAGAGACAAUCACAACCUGAUCAGAAGAAGCGCAAGAAAAAUUGCUCACACAAGCGCCCACCACCGCCUACCCCCAGCCCACCACCGCCUACCCCCAGCCCACCACCGCCUACCCCCAGCCCACCACCGCCUGCCCCCAGUCCACCACCACCUGCCCCGUACACUUCCCCAAACCCCCCGAGCGAUCCAAGUCAUGCUGGAAAAAUUAGGCGCAACAGGACUGAAGGCAGAAAAGUGAUGUUUUUUUCCCCGUUUCGCCGGUCUGCAAGGCUUUCGUCUCAAACAACAAUGUCACCAAGGUCCUCGACUGCGCCCUCCACCUCUCGAACGACUAGAUCUUCCGUUGCCCCCCCCGAAGGCCGUUCUUUAUCUCAAAGUUCAAGAUCAAGAUCAAGAUCACUCCGGCAAUCUCCGCGACUGAGGGCUUCCCGUGAAGCGCGCACCCGUUCUCACUCAUCCGAGUCGGUUGACCGUGAAUCUGGAUCCCGAGUUUCGAUCAAGGAUGAAUCAGAUGCUGAAAACUCCGUUCGUCUGCGUGAAUAUGACCACCAUGCAGAAUCAUCUGAGCCCCGCACCGCAGGCUCUUCCUCUCCACGAUCUUCCUUUGCUGAUUCACGCCACAUGAGCAGCGAGGGUGUUGACCGGCCUUCCUCGCCAGGCACGUCUUUCGCGGUAUCGCCAUCUCGUUUUGACCGCGAAGCGUCGUUCGAGCCCCCCGCCGCAGGCUCUUCCUCUCGACAAUCUUCCUUUGUUGAUUCACGCAACAGCAGCGAGGUUGACCCCCCUUCCUCGCCAGGCACGUCUUUUGCCGUAUCACCAUCCCCCUUUGACAUGGCCCCGACCCCGCCUCCUGACUCCCCAACUGACGCAUUGGCCUCACAAGAAUCAUCAUCUAGUGUCUCUUCCUCGCGUGAUUCCUCUGCCAGAAGCGAGUCUGAUGUAGACCGCGAGCCCGCGGAACCUUCAGUGCCAGGAGACCGUCACCCUGGAUCCUUUGGUAAUUCUUCAGUGCCAACAGACCGUGAUUCUCAAGCAUCUUCAGCUCGCGAAGUACAAUCGGACAUUGGUGAAGAAAGCCACUCCUUCCACAAGCCACUCCAAGAAGACCGGGCAACCUCAUCGAGCCAACCGACCCCAUCAAGCCACCAAGAAGGAUCACCGACCCCAUCAAGCCACCAAGAAGGAUCACCGAGCCCAUCGAGCCACCGGGAAGGAUCAUCAACCCCAUCAAUCACCGGCACGCCUGAGGAUCGAGCUGGUUCCAGCAUCCCGGCACGAUCUGGCAAGCGCAAGUCUGAAGCCCACUCGCACUGGCCAGAUCCCUCGGAACUUUCUCGGGAAGAAAUCGAAGCCUAUUUAACUGUUCACGGCGUGGCGUACAACGAAAAUACUCGGAUGGCCCGGUUGGUCGCGCACUACAACAUCUUACGUUCCAGCGAGCAGUCCCCAUCCAAACGGUCCAAAGCCCCUCGAUUGAGUCCUGGGCCUCAUGCCAGACACCCGGCCUCUUCAGAUCGCUCGGCCUCAUCUAAUCGGCGCCAACGCCGAAAUCGAGUGCGAGUUCAACAAACUAGUAAUUACGGCAGUGACGAAGAGCAUGGGUUUGUGUACCGCCCCGCUGGGUAUCCUCGCAAUGCCUCCGUGUCUCCAACUUCGCCUGCCUCAUCGUCCAAUUAUCAACCAUCGUUGGCGUACACUGAGACCACCGAGCAACACACUGUGCGAUCAGCCGCUACAGCUUCGGGAAGCGAUAACAGAUCAAUCAUCAAUGCAGCUUUGGGCUUGAGCAGUGGUCGAAGAAACGUUGCAGCUUCGGGCAGCGCUCGAAGAAAUUCGACAAGUCCUCCAAUCGAGAAGCACAGAGGCAAGAGAGCUAAACCCACCUCCGAAACUCAGAGACCAGCCCAACGCAGACCGCGAACCAAGAAAUCGCAGCCAAGAGGCCGUCGGGGUUGGAGACGUCCGGUGCAUCAAGCUAAUGAUGACAUCAAUUUUGUUCCCGCCCUUCCGGAGACGUCGAAGAAGAGGAGCAGAGCGGACGACCUUUCUCCGAAUGCCAACCGCGCCAAACAAGCUCGCAAAGCCCCAACCUGUUCUCCCGCCACACGUCGAAGUAGGCAAUCCACAGAAGACAGCUACAGGGUGCGACCUUCCUUUCACGACGACCCCCAGGUUGAAGCACCCGUGCCCAGCCCCCCUUCCAAUCCUAAUGCUUCAAAGAAGAGAAUUCAACCGGAAGAUUUCUCGCCACGCUGUGGUCAUGGUGCAGAUAAUACUAACCCCCUCGGUAAUCACCAUCCCUCCACCUCACGAUCCUUUCACGACGACAAUGAGCCGGAACCUGCACUUGCCCCACACGACCAAGGAUUUACCGGCCCUGAAGGGCCCACAUCUCACAGCCUUUCGCCUGCGGCUUUCAGGACCAAAAGGAAGCAGCCUGAUCAUUUUUCUCCGAUUAGAGCCAGCGGUAAACGACGAGCUAUCCCGACUGAUCAUUCUUCCCCGACCGGCGCAAGCGUGGAACGACGAGCCGUCCCAGCCACGUCACUUGGUCUCAUUCCUACUUCUGCCCAAGCUCGCCACCGUAGACAAAGACACGAACGUCCUCGGCGCAACAGCCUUAUCAUCCGGCCCUCCUUCCAUGAUGACGAGGUGUUUCUACCCAAUCAACCUUCAUCGCCGAGCGGACCAAGAGGGAUGAUUAGCAGCUGGAGGAGUUCAGUGCCGCGGGGCGUCUCACCUCCACCUAGAUCUCCAACCCCACAGGCUCACGAUCACACCCGGACCGACCCCCUGGCUCCAUGCCCAUGCAUCAAUUAUGAUCACAGCUCACCUCGCCCCACGGCUGGAUGCCCAUGCGUCGGUGUUGGCCAGAACAUGCUGACUGUGUUUACCCAAGCGACUGAUCGUCUAGCAGAUUGCCUGGAGAUGGCCCAGACGGCGUCGCUUAGGCCAAGCACUAGCCAAGUUCAGAUGAACACAGGCCGUCCAUCGCAUUCAUCGGGGAAUCGAGACUUAGCUCUCUUGAGACGAGUCCGCACACAUAUCCAGACACUAUUCGGCAAGACGAUGGAGCUGCACCAGUUCCCACCCCCAGCCACUGAAGGCGAAAAGGCCAACUGGAAUCGGGACCAGCACUACCGCCCGCAGGACGGCUCAGAUGACGAGGGAAGAAGCUCCUCAAGCUCUUCCUCAGAUGACGAUGACGAUGUCGACCCGCACUUUCCAUAUCCUGACGGACCUGGUCACAAGGAUGCAUCUGCAACCACGCUCCGGAUCAUGUGGCGCUCCAUGCGCCGGGCAGGUGUAGUAUCAUUCCGGCCAGACUUGUCCCGCGGUGCUAAACAUGUCGACAACUUGUUUCUUUGGGACCUUGCCCACAACAUAUUUAUGAAGUUGGUGAGAGCUCAGGAGUACCGUGAUGUUGAUAUGGAAAACACUCCCGAGGAAAAAAUUUGCGAUGCAAUCUUGAAUCACGCCAAGCAGCUGCAACGGACAUACCGAGAAGCAGGAUGGGAUCCUGAACGACUGGACGAGCAGUGCAUAAAGAAACGUCGAACUGCGCGCACCAAACGUCUGCGCGAAAAUCGAGUCAAAUUCCUCUCCAGACAUGCGGCACUGGUACCACUCAUCCCAGUGAUCACCCAAUGUACUAGCGACGCCGAGACUGACCCGGGUGAACCAGAAGAUUCCGACACGGACGGCGAGGGCGAGCAGCGACCAAAGCGGGUGAUAGUCGAACGUUUGCCGUGGCGCCAUGCUCGAAUAGACAGGGCCGUCAAAUUGCUCAAUCGGCUGAUUGAGGAGAAGAGGCAAUCAGGAUGUAAAGAUUACGGCAAGCGCUCGCAUGAAAGACUUCGCCCUCUUCAGCCCAAGAUCAGUGAGCGGCAACCCCCCAAAUCACUAUCAUCCAACGUAUACUGUGACGACUGGCUGAGGGCCCAGCGAAUCCACCGGAUAGACGACUUAAAUAUCCAGGGCACAUUGUUGGGGAGGACCAUCAAGAACCUAGAGAAGAUGCAAUGA